GUCCUCAUUUCAGGGGUUGAAUUGCAUGCAAGAACUGUUCUUGGGGAAAGAAAAGGUGUCCUUAUUAGAGAGGUGUCCUCAUUUCAGGGGUGUCCUUAUUAGAGAGGUGUCCCCAUUUCCAGGAGUGUCCUAAGAGAGGGUUCUGCUUUAGGUGACAAGGCUACUAUAAUGACAACGUAUUUGGCACAAUUUCAACAACU